AGUUUACAUUUUUGUAUCCACUUUAAUGCAGGAUGGAAACCUAAGCAGCUGUCUUUAAAAGCAGUGCACCAUGGGUAACACAGAGAGUGUGGCGGUGCAGAAGCGGCUGGCCCGCUUCCGCCCAGAGGAGCGUCCCAUGAUUGAGGGGGUCUUUGACAAGCUCCAGGUUGGUGCUGCAGGAUCCUCAGGGAAGACUCUAACGCUCGAGAUGCUGCAGUCCUCGAUGGGCAGCUUGGCUCCUGACUCCAUGGUGAGGAGGGUCUACCAGUGCAUGUGCGGUAUCGACCCCGAACACGCAGCACCCAGAGCUCCUGAGAAGACCAGCACCCCUCCUGCUUCUGGAGUGGGUCGAGAGCAGCUGCUCAUCUUCCUGGCCGACACUCUGCGAGGCACUGCGGAGGAACGCGCUCCUCUUGUCAUGGCCAUGUCUAAGCGUGCUGCAGGUGUGACCACUGUCUCAUGUGAGCAGGUUGCAGAGUUCCUACAGGACCUGGUUUCUGCUGCAGUUCAGAUUCUGGUCCACAGAGGGCGCCUGCAGGGCUGGCAGCCUGAGAGAAUGGGUGACUGCUCGCUGGGUGUCAAACUCCUUGCAGAGCAUCUGUGUUCUGAACUGAAGCCCUCAGAUCAGGGGGUUUGUGAUGUUUCUUGCCUGGAAGAUUGGAUCUUCAGGGUUUCUCAGGUGUCUUUGUACCUGGAGAUGCUGGUAGCUGAGGGUCUAAAUGUGUCGCUGAGUGGCAGGCCAGCCCCUACCCUGCUGCCCCCCUGCAGAGAGACACCCUGGAAAGACCUGAGGUGUCUGCUGGACCUUCCCACCCUCAUGUUUCUGGCACCACAGUUACCAGACAGCUACAGCGCCCCCUGGAGACUUGUGUUUUCCACGAGGCUGCAUGGAGAGAGCUUCACCAGGAUGAUGGCGGGCCUGAUGAAGCGCGGGCCCACGCUGCUGCUUCUUAAAGACACAAAGGGACACAUCUUUGGGGGUUUCGCUUCCCACGCCUGGGAGGUCAAACCUCAGUUCCAGGGUGACUCCAGAUGCUUCCUGUUCACCGUGUUUCCCACACUGAGAGUUUACACAGCAACAGGAUACAACCAACACUUCAUGUACCUCAACCAGAACCAGCAGACCAUGCCCAACGGACUGGGCAUGGGUGGUCAGCACGGCUACUUCGGCCUGUGGCUGGAUAACGAUUUUGGCCGCGGUCACAGCCGUGCACGGCCAAAGUGCACCACCUAUGGCAGCCCUCAGCUCUCCGGAGAGGAAGACUUUACGCUGGACUCGGUGGAAGUUUGGGCGGUUGGAAAACCUCCAGAACCAGAGGAGGGGGAGGAGGGGGGCGGCAAGAAGAGCAUCCUGGAUGUGGAUCCAGAAGUCCAAGCUAUGAUGGAAAUGGCGGGGAAGACUCUGCACAGUCAGGGCCUGAGGGAGCCUGAAGAAGACCAGGACUAGUUACCAGACAAAAACAAUCUAACUGUCCUGAGGCUCCUCCUGGUACUGAGGAAAUCUCAUCAUCCGACAUAGCUGGAUAAACUUUUAAAAACACAUCUCCAAUACGCACAAUAACAUCACACACUUCUGUUUUAUUGAGCUUGGACUCUCACACCCAAACUUCUACAGCUUUUAAUGACACAAGACUGAAGUUAUCCUGAUGUUUACACCCAUCAGCUGUCAGCUAAGUAAGACAGCAUCAAUAAGGCUGAUUGAAGCCUGUGAGCUCUGACUUUAUUAUUUCCUACAUAACAGACAGACACUGAGGAAAUAACAUCAAAACAUCUGAUUGAGGAAAGGCAGAGGAACCAGUUCCUCCCCCAGCAGCAGCCCUGGUUUACAAGCAUGCAAUGCUUCUUUAAUAUUUCAAAGAAGAUACAUAUUGAAGUGCUGGGUUUGCAAAAGAAACAGGAAAUAAUGAGAGUAUUAUCAUUUCAACAAUCCAGUCUAAACGUUUCUCUGUCCAACAAGCCUUCCCAGCGUCCUCUGAGCGAUCUCUGCCUCUAGACGUCUAAACUCUUCACUGAACAUCCAAAGCUGAGCCCAGGGACCAUGCAAAGUCUGUACCCAAAGUAUAAAACACCAGACCCCAUCCAAAAAAAGCAUCACUGAUAAAUAUUAUGUGUAGCAAAUGUUCUUGAAGUCACAGUUCAGUGGAGAAAUGGUUCCUCUUAUACGACUCUUGAAGUAGAUCUGUGAAUUGAUGUGUGACUGAAUAUUUCAUCAUGAAAACUAACUAUACGUUUUUAUUUCUGCAGUGUUGAAGAAGUAGUCUGAGUGUUGGAGACAUAGUCUGAAGUGAGCCUGUUAAGAGUCCUCUAGCUGUCGUGUGAGCCUGUAUAUAUACGUUUAUGUGUGACUAAUGAGUGUCCUUCAUUAGAGCGCGAUACAGAGACUCUUUAGUACUCUUCACAUAUUCUGCUGUGGAGAUGCUUUAUGAAAACAACAGAGGAAACCCUCAACAUAUUCACGUUCAUAUCUGAGGUCUUUAAAAUGUUCCUGACAAACCAAGUGAAACUGGGUUUCAUGUGUCAGAGAUCCAUCUCUCUGCAUAAAAUGUUAAACAACGUCUCAGGUGUGUCUUAAAUUUUUAUUGGACUCUAUUAUCACUCACUGCGUUUCUUCUUUGUCACCUUUGUCAACAUUUGAAGGACACUUGGAGUGACACUAAAGAAGCCCAGACAGGAAGGCCUUAAAGGUGUCUGCUAUAUAUUAAAUUCUUUGAAAACUUGGGCUAGAUUGUCAGACCGUUACAUAACUAUAGACUACUUUUUUGAAACCCCCUAAAUCAUGAUUGUGCUCUGCCUCACUUUGGGUGGAAACUGAGUUAUGAGAGUUUCAUCAUUAACCACACCAAACUACUUUUCUCUGCUGUUCUUGUGCAACUAGUUCAGUUAAUGCUAGAUUUUUUAGGGGAAGAAAUUAUAUUUGAAAAGGGAGAAGCCAAGGGGUCUGUCUUCAGGCACUCUAGCUUAAGUCAAAGAAUAAAUUCAAAAGCUUUUAAUAGUUCAGGAUGUAACGUUUUGAAAUAGUGAUCAGAAGAAACUUAUUUUUAAAACGUUAUGCCCUUAACCGAAACACUCAUCCACACCUUCAUAACCUCCAGACCGGACUACUGUAACAGCAUCCUUUACGGCCUUCCCUCCACUGACCUCCAAAAACUCCAACAUGUCCAGAACUUAGCUGCCCGGUUACUCACCCACUCCCGCUCCAGAGCCCACAUCACACCCAUCCUUCAGCACCUCCACUGCCCCCCCAUACAGCACCGAAUCUACUUCAAGAUCCUGCUCAUCACCUACAAAGCCCUAAAUAACCUUGCCCUCUCAUACCUGACCUACCUCCUCAAACAUUACUCCCCAUCUCAUCGCCUCAGAUCAUCAGACGCUAACCUCCUGUCCCCUAUCACCAAGAUCAAGCCCCGCUCCCUAGGGGACGGAGACUUUGCCAUCACUGCCCCGACUCUCUGGAACUCUCUCCCUCCAAACAUCCUCAACUCUGACUCUCCUUGCUCAUUUAAAAACCACCUCAAGACCUUCCUGUUCAAAAAAAUCUACCUCUACUCCCUCCCUCCCACCUCUGUCUUUGUUCUGUUUUAUUUAUUUUCUAUUUUAUCUUUUUUUUUGCACUUCAUGUAAAGCUUUGAGUACCCAGAAAAGUGCUGUAUAAGUCCUAUCAAUGAUUAUUAUGAUCAUUAUUAUAAUUAUGAACAAUUACUUUUGACUCAAACUGGUGUGCCUGAAGACGGCCCUCAUGGCUUCCCCUUUUUCGACUUUCGCUUCUCUCUUCAAGAGCACCUGGCUUCUACCUGAGUUUACCACAUGACCUCCCUAACCUUGCUUCUUUUUCCUUCCGAAAUUAUAUUUAUUGACUGCUGUUGUACAGUCGGGAUGUACAGAACAAUGAACUACACAAUGCUUCUUGAAUAAACGGCCUGUCCUACCUUA